GCUCCAGCUAGCUGUGGGAGGUUAUCUGUACAAUCUGACUGCAAUUGCAGGCUGUGUAGCAGACACCAUGUGUGACUGUAUCAAGAGUCACAUAUAACCACAUAUCAACAUGAUGAUGUCGUUUUUCACUGCUGUUGUUCUUCUGGCUGUUACUGGAGGUGAAGUGAGUGGCGCGGAUCCCACUAAGUGCUGCUCAGAUCGUCAGUUCGAGGCCAGGUUGGCUGAAAUUGGGGGCGCCUUGUACAACCACAGCGGGCACCAGGUUCCUUCUCUCAUGGAUGUGGACAACAUUCUACAUUACGACUUCUACAACAGGACGGUGGUGUACGAGGUGAUUCAGCGGGGGGCCCAGGGCAGGACCGUUCGUUCCCGAAUUGUGCAUGACUUCAUUUCCGGUCUCCGCUAUGUGAUUAAAGACAACAAAUGCACGUAUGUGAAAGGUUCACGAAUAAUGACCGAGCAGUGCAUCCCUGACAACGCCAAAUUUCUUGGAAGGUCUACCUUUGGGUCCGGCGUCAACAGUGUUAGUGCCAACAACUGGCAAUAUCACAGCCCCUCCGCCAACAUCACCAUCAAGUCUUCAGUAGCAGCAUCCAACUGUGUACCAUUGGUACAAGCAACUUUCUCCACUCUGGGACAUGACGCUUCCAAUGACGUGGUGUUCAUUGUGACGGGGUUUCGUCCGGGGAUCCACAGUCCAACUGUCUUUGACAUUCCAGCUAAUUGUGUCCAACAAACAAGUGAUGGCACUCAGCUGCCAGCGGAUCACACCACGCGAGGAGCUCGCUACAUUGACGCAGUUCUGUCACGCGGAGACUGAUGCUUAUUUGUGAAAAUAAAACUAUUCCCACGC